UGGUGCCGUCGAUGCGCAGGCGCAGUCCCGCUCCGAUCGUCAACGCGGCCGCACGCACGCCGCGACAUGCCUCGUCUUUCGUACGUUAUCCUCGCGCUCGUCGCUCUCGCUUCAGCAUCCGAACCUUCAAAGCCGCGUAUUAUAGACUUCAAUCCUUGGUCAUGGAUCCCAAACAACCGAAACAAGUCGCCAUCGAUCAUGGAUUAUUUCUUCCCGCCAUCCAGAACCCCUAAGCAAUCUAACUUAGACCCUCCGGCGGACAGACAGCCUCCCACAGUACAAACUACCAUGGAUGACGCUGCAACCUUGACAACUCUUAAUGAGCGUCCGACAACUAUGGCAAGAAAAUCCCACAAUAAAAUUAAAACCACUAUUCCAGCUCCUCGUCCCACAGCCACUGCUCCACCAAAAAUAAAAAAGACUUCCCACAGGACUGUCCCUACUGAGACAACUGUUGAAACAAAAGUCACCCAAACAAUUAAAUAUGAAUCGCCAACUACAAAGGUACCGGUAACAUCGCGGCCAACAAAACAUUACUCCAUCCGGCCAUUGCGCACCACUGAGACACCAUUUGUCCAGGAAACUGCCUCUACGAUGAACUUGAACAGCGAUAUUACUGAAACCAUUGCCGUUGAAACACUGGGAACUACCAAUGAGAUUGUGAAGGAAACUGUUGUGCCGACUCUGAGUACAGAUCAGCAUUCAACAGAAGGACCUUCAACAAUAACCAUGGACUCCACGACGUUUAUUGACAGCACAACUGAACCAGCAGAUAGCCGCGAGGGAUACCUUCCGUUGAGAGACAAGCCUCAACAGACUCACGUAAAGAUCAAUGACCAGACUAAAAAAGAGACUGUGCCAUUACCAGCCGGCUCGACAUCUGUGCUGGCGAAACCGACGAAGUACCACUACUAUCCUCACAAUCAACAUAUUUAUUUGCUGCCUGAAUGUGCCAUUCAACAGGUGUGUAAUGCAGUUUAUGUUCGUCUGAAUUACACCCAACCACUGUGCGCCUGUCCGGCGAGAUACCGGGACCCAUGCUCGGCAAGCCUCAACGCCGACGACCUGCAUACCACGCGCCUUACCACAGAUUCCAAAAAGAAGUACGCGAAGAAAGCAGUAACAUUGGUAAAGACAUGUGAAGCUGUUUCCGAGAUGAGAGAGUGCCGUGCCCCCCGGGAUUGGUCAUUACUUGCCUUGCAAAACAUAAGGACUGGAAAAUCGCACUAUUUAGUCAUAUGCCGGUGUCCAGAUACUCACAUACUUGAAGGACCUAUGUCACAUGACCAGCCAACCUACGCUUCUGUUCCUGGAAUCAGAGUUUAUGGAAUGAUGUGUGUGCGGCCUAACACCAUCUACCAUUCAGGCUUCACAAAUAGAUUCCCAAGCGGAGUAUCAAGUACUCCAAGCACAUACAAAGUGGACUAUUCUCAACCGCACUCCUACGAUAAACCUGUUUACAAUCGUUUCCAAACUCAUAGUUAUCUCGACUCAAAUUACUACAACAGGCGAACUCGUUCGUCGCGUAUGAGACGAGAAACAGAAUACCCCCCUUUCCCAUGGUACAAAGUUAUAGAACUAGCUCGAUCAUUACAUUGGAUCAAUUAAGAGAAACUAUUGUUUAGAAAAGGUAUGUUGGGUUCAAAGUAGGCCUUGUAUUGUGUAAGUGAAUUCCGCCUCAUUGAAUUCAACGACAACUAUAGUUAAAUAGCAGUUCUAUCUCAAGAGGGUGACUGAUGUGAAUAUAAUCGACUCUAUUCAGUUCGAACUAAAAUUCAAAUUUAGAUAUUAUAUACCCCUUGAUUAUACUAUAUCUUCGCUGAGACGAAUUGAAUGGCUGACGACUUUGAGUGUAAUGUUAAUAAUUAUUAUCAGUAAAGGCUUUGUGUUGAAAGCCUUUAUUGUAAUUGCGCUGAAAAUAAGCAAGAAUUUAGAUUGGUCAUUUCAAUAAUUAUUUAUCUGUAUUUUGAAAAAGGUACACUCAAAUAAGUCUGUGGUCACUUUCAUGAGAUGGAUGUUUAAUAUCAAAACGCUUUAGCUUUCAUGUACCAGUAUAUAAUAGAAAUAAGUUAAUUACCUUGAGUCUGUGAAAUACUCGUUCAUUCUGCAUUUAAUAGUUAUUAUAAAAGUAAUACUCUAAUGUAAAUGGAGUUGAAACACGCAUUUUUUACGUAUUGCUAGUAAAAACAUUCUUGAAUUAAUAAAUUUAAUUAAAACGCUUUGGCGCCAUUUUGUCGAUCAUUGCUAUUGAAGAAAAUUGAGACAUUUUAUAUUUCAAUUUAUUUAUUCAAAUUUCGAAGGCGCUUAUUUGGAAAUUUGAAUUCCGAAUGUCAGCUUAAAACGUUCAAUAUACUACUGCAAAUAUUUGUAUCAACGUUCUUAGUAUUGCAAUGUUUUAUUAAAAUAAUUAUGGCUGGCGUAUUUUAUACUUUGUCAUUGGUAGAGCAUAUCAA